AUAGAAAAAACAAGAAUCACAGUUUGUUAGACUCAAUGUAGAAUUAUUUAUUGUUUGGAUGGCCAAAAAAAAAAAAUGAAACGGUAGGCGAUGGACUAUUUUUAGACGUCCAACAACAAUUGACGAACUAACUAACAAACCAAAAAACCAAAACAACCUCUACUAGUUUUACUAUAUAAGCCACAAAAGGCCAACCCAAGGUAAUCAUCCCUCUUGCAAAUUUGUUUGAUAUAUAACACAAAACAACAUUUAAAACACUUGAACACCAACAACACUCAUCUCACCUUAUAAAUAAUGGCGGCUCAAACAAUGAAAAACAUAUGCAAUGUUUUGAUGAUUGUACUUUUAUUUACAAUGAUGGUUUCAACAACACAUGCAAACAAGAAGGAUAUGUGUAUUAAGCAUUGUAUCCCGAGACAAUGCAUGAAUAUUUCAAACAAGGCAACUCUUCCGUUAUGUGAGAAUGCUUGCAAGAAACUCUGCAACAAAAAUGAAGUUGCACAUGAAGAAGCUGUGAUCCCGCGACCUGAGUGUGGGGGAUUCUUUUGGUUUUUAUGUUAA